AUGAACUUGCACGCUGAUUGCAGAGUGCCUUCAUGGCAUUAUUUUCUUCUCUUCCUAGUCCUCUUCCAACUACUCCUGCUGGUAGGUCUCCUACAUGCAAAGAGGUUUCAAUGUUUCCCUGAAUAUUGCCUUCAUGACAAAGACUACGAUGAGCUGCUGAAGAUUGUGAAAGAUGGGCUAGAACCUGCAACUCAUCCAGCGAACGUGGUCAUCGUCGGUGCAGGAAUAAGUGGGCUUACAGCAGCCAAGUUGCUCCAAGAUGCCGGCCACACGGUUACCAUCCUGGAAAGGAGUGGUCGGAUCGGUGGGCGGAUCAGGACGUACCGACCAGAGGGACAGGAUUGGUACGUGGAGCUGGGAGCCAUGCGCCUGCCAAAGAACCACAGCCUGGUUCGUGAAUUCAUUAAGCAAUUUGACCUAAAGCUAAACCCAUUCAUCCAGACAGACAACAAGACCUGGUACUUUAUUAAUGGCACUCGGACAAGAGCUGAGGAAGUUGAUAGAAACCCCAACAUCCUAAACUACACAGUGAAACCAUCAGAGAGAGGCAAGAGUGCCAGCCAGCUUUAUAGGGAAGCAUUAAAUAAGGCUUUCAAGGAUUUCCAGAGCACAGACUGCAAGACAUACCUGGAUAAUUAUGACUCCUUCUCCACCAAGGAGUAUUUGAUUAAAGUAGGAAAUCUAAGCCAAGGAGCAGUUCAGAUGAUCGGUGACUUGAUGAACGAGGACGCUGGAUUUUAUCUGUCCUUCCUUGCCUCACUGUGGAAUUUUGAUGUCUUCUUUAAUGAGAGUUUUGAUGAAAUCACAGGAGGGUUUGACCAACUGCCCAAAGCCUUCCACAGAAAGUUGCCCAAUGUCAUCCAGCUCAAUUGCACGGUGGAGACAAUCAUGACGAAGGGAAACAAAGUCCAUGUAUCUUACCGUGCUCCAGACACUCUGGCCCCAACCGUAGUGACUGCAGAUUACGUCCUUGUCACGUCCACGGCCAAAGCCACCAGGCUCAUCAAGUUCCUGCCACCGCUUUCUCCUGCAAAGACCCACGCCCUGCGCUCCAUCCACUACGCGAGCGCCUCCAAAAUAUUCCUGGCUUGCACUGAGAAGUUCUGGGAGAAGGAUGGCAUCCGAGGAGGGUACUCCAUCACCGACCGCCCUUCCCGGUUUAUCUACUACCCAAGCCACAACUUCUCCAGCGGGGUGGGCGUGAUCCUGGCUUCCUACACCUGGAAUGACGAUGCUGAGUUUUUCCUGCCUCUCACGGAUGCGGAGUGCCUGGAUUUGGUCUUCCAAGACCUGUCAGCUAUCCACCAAGUGAGCAAGGAGUACCUGCAGUCCACCUGCAGCCAGUACGUGAUAGAGAAGUGGCAACAGGACAAACACUCCAUGGGGGCAUUUGCUGCCUUCACCCCUUACCAGUUCGCCGACUACUCGCGGGCUCUCUUCGAGCAUGAGGGCAGGGUGCAUUUUGCAGGAGAACACACGGCUCAGCCUCACGCCUGGAUCGACACCUCCAUGAAAUCGGCCAUCAGGGCUGCGAGCAACAUCCACCACGACAGCGGCGAAGACCCGAGGCUGAGCGAGGAGGGGGAGCGGGAACAGCCGGGGAUUUUCCUGCGGAAGGAAGAUCUCUGAGCGGCACCACCAGCACGGUUUGAAGGCCCUUUCGGUGGGGUAAAUCGGUUUUUGUCCAAGCAAAGGCAGCAGAAGAAUGUCAGCAUCACGGCGUUAAAGAAAAAAAUGAAAGAGCACUGACUGUCAGAGAGGACUGUCGGCGUCCUGGUUAAAUGCUUGAUGAGUACACAAGGGAAUACUAAAAAAAAGUAACAUCUAAGUAGGUUUCACGACUCUGAUAUCACCCUAGCUCAGGCACAC